CCAAAAGUUUGCGCCUACAAGGCUCCCACAAAAUUACUCCCACCGCAGCAUCAACCACAUACCACCUCCCUCCGCCCCACUCCUGUCCCGUACCAACGAACCCGCAAACCCACCCAUACCCUCUCAAUCGCCCCACGCGCAUUCAUCAUGAACGCACUCUUCAACUCUGCCCUACGGCAAUCGACCUCCCUGCGCAAAGACCUAGACCACUUCGCCGACACCGCCUCGCCGUCUCCCGCGCUGCAAGGCCAGAUCUCCGCAUCGCUAACCUCCCUCUCGCGCACCAUCGACGACUACGCCAAGCUCGCAAAGCAGGAGCCCGUGCAGACGAAGCAGGAGAAGGCGUUUGAGCGGGUGAAGAGCUUCCGGGCGGAGCUGGAGGAGUACAGGGAGAGCUUUCGGCGGGUGAAGAGCGCGAACGAGGACAUGCAAACAAACACCGCGCGCGCAGAACUGCUCGGCCGCCGUCCCCACAACGCCGCCACGCCCGAGAACCCCUACGCGAACACAUCCGCCGCCGCCGCACAACAUUCCCCCUUCGCACCCUCACAGCCCUACAAUCCAAACGCUCCCUACCAACCAAACCCCUACUCCGCCGGCGCUCCCCUGCCCUCCUCUGACUACAACAGCCGCGAAUCGCACGCGCUGCGCGAGCAAUCCUUCUUCAACCAGACGUCGACGCAGCUGGACGAGUUCCUAGACCGAGGACGCACGGUGCUGGGGGAUCUGGGGCACCAGCGGGAGAUGCUGAAGGGCACGCAGCGGCGGUUGUAUAGCGUGGCGAAUACGAUGGGGAUUAGCGGGGAUACGAUACGGAUGGUGGAGCGGAGGGCGAAGCAGGAUAAGUGGAUAUUUUGGGGAGGGGUGAUUGCGUUCUUUGCCUUUUGUUGGCUGGUGCUGCAUUAUUUGAGGUAGUGCGGGAGCUACACAAGGAUUUGGGAUUUGGGAUGUUCGAUUCGUGUCUAUAUCUUGAGUAUUGUAUGUCUAAGACCUAUCUUGGGCUGUUCUUUGUUUAGCGAGGCGUACCGGGAAAUUGAAGGGUCUUAAGAAGGCCAACCCAGCUUGCUACAAUGGCUAGCAAGUAGUGCGAAGCGCUAUCAAAUGCGGAAUGCAAGUUCACUUCGG